AAGGCAAACAGGCCACAGCUGGGGCAGACAGACCAGGGGACAGAUCCCAGGGCCUCACACCACUGUCCCGUCCCACCCCACCUCCCCACUACCAUGGACCCAACCUGGCUCCUGGGCCUGGUUCUGCUCUUCUGCUGGGGUCCCUCAGCCCAGGCUGAGCCGCUGCUGAUGCUGGUAACCCCACGGGUGCUGCGGGUGGGGACCCCGGAGAAGAUUCAUGUCCAGGCCCACUCGGACUCCAGGCAGCCCCUGACCAAGGCCCUGGAGGUAACUCUCAGCAUGUUCGACUUUCCCCUAAAGAAGAAGAUUGAGUCCCAGCAGCUGGUCCUGGAGCCCCAAAACCACUUUAUGUUCCAGGCUACCGUGACGAUUCCUGAGAAUUUAAUCUACCCCCCAAAACCCGGCCAGCAGUACAUCAUCAUUCAGGUCACCUGGGGUUCCUCCAUCCUGGAGAAGCCCGUGCUGCUGGCCCCCCACGCUGGCUACAUUUACAUCCAGACUGACAAGACCAUCUACACUCCAGAGCACUUGGUUCUUUACCGAGUCUACACUGUCAACCACAAGAUGGACCCCGUGACCCAGUCCAUCACUCUGGACAUCAAGAACCCUGAUGGGGUCACAGUGUACAGCGAGGACUUGAUGCCCAAAGAAGGCGUGUUAGUGAACUCCUUCAGCCUCCCGGAGGUAGUCAGUCUGGGGACCUGGAGCAUCGAAGCCAAUUACCAGAACGCACCCACGCAGAAGUUCUGUACAGCCUUUGAGGUGAAGGAAUACGUGCUCCCAUCUUUUGAGGUCCAACUAAAACCCAACACGACCUUCUUCUACCUCAAAAACGAGGCCCUUGGGGUGGACAUCCUUGCUCGGUAUAUAUUCAACAAGCCAGUGGAUGGACAUGCAUUGACCAUCUUUGGGGUGCAGCAAGGUUCCCAACGCACUCCCAUCCAGAGCUCCUUGCAGAAAGUCGAGAUCUCCGAAGGCGAAGGUCACAUUGUGCUCCGUAAGGACAUGCUCACAGCCGUAUUUCAGGGUGCAGAGAACGACCUCCUCGGGGCCUCUAUCUUUGCCAACGUCACUGUGUUCUCCUCUGGUGGUGAGAUGGUCCAGGCUGAGACCUCAGGGGUGAAGAUCGUCCGGAGCCCAUAUAACUUGAAGUUCACCAGGACACCCCAGUAUUUCAAGCCCGGGAUGCCCUUCCAUUUUCGGGUCUUGGUCUCAAACCCUGAUGGGUCCCCGGCAGUCCAUGUCCCUGUCCAAUACCAGAACCAGCAUGUGCUCACCUCAGCCGAUGGAAUAGCCGCCUUGACCAUCAACACGAAUGCAAAUUCCCAACAACUACCUAUUGUGGUGGAAACCGCUGACAAGUCUCUCCAGCCAGAGGAACAGGCAUCAGCCAGGAUGAUGGCUGUGCCCUACAAGACCCAGGACGGGUCUGGGAACUUGCUGCACAUUGAGGUGAAAACAUUGGGCGCCGAGGUGGGCAGCAGCAUCCAGAUGAGCCUCCACACGUUGCAUCAGAAACCCGAAACCCAGGACCAGAUCGCAUACUUCACCAUCCUAGUGCUGAGCAAGGGCCAGAUUGUGAGUGCCAAACACCAACCAAGAAGUCCUGGGAGCAUCUUCACAUCUGCGAUCAUCGAUGUGACCCCAGAGAUGCUGCCUUCCUUCCGAAUUGUGGCCUUCUAUCUACUGCCCUCCUGGCAGUCAGGUCAGGACCCAGAACUGGUGUCCGAUUCCUUAUGGAUCGAUGUGAAGGACAGGUGCAUGGGGACGCUAAAGGUUGAGUUUAAAGAAGAAUUUGUGCAGAGUUUAUCACCGCAGAGUUCCGUGGACCUGAAGGUGACUGGAGAUGCAGAGGCCAACGUCUGGCUGCUGGCUGUGGACAAGGCUGUCCAUGUCCUAAACAGCAAACACAGACUCACACAGAAGAAGGUCUGGGAUGUGGUGGAGGAACAUGAUAUCGGGUGCACUGCAGGCAGUGGGAAAGACAGACUCGGGGUGUUCAAAGACGCUGGCCUGGACUUCAAGCUGAGCACCGGAAUGGACACCAAGGCCAGCUCAGACUGGCGAUGCCCCCCAGAACCUCCCAUUGUUCGCCGCCGCCGCCAGGCUCUGAAGAGGCUACAGGCCAAGCAAAAUGCAGUUGGCAAGUUCGAGACCCGGCUGGAGCAGCGGUGCUGUGAGGCGGGACUGCGGGAGAGCCCUGUGGGACUGAGCUGCGAGGAGAGGGCCCGGCAUGUGCGUCCUGGGCCGGCCUGCGUGGCUGCGUUUCUCAGCUGCUGUCACCUGGCCGAGAAUCUGACGCAGCAGGCCCGGGAGGAGCAGCUGUUCCUAGGGACAAGUGAUGAUGAAGACGAUGAUGAAGAUGAUGAUUUCUUCCAAGAAGACUUGCCAGUUAGAACCUCGUUCCCUGAGAGCUGGCUCUGGAGAAAAAUCACUCUGCCCAAAAGUCAGUCAGGCAUUUCUCACAGCAUCUUCGGGAUCUUCACACCUGACUCCAUCACCACCUGGCAGCUGGUGGCCGUGAGCCUAAAGGCUGGACAAGGCCUCUGCAUCUCGGAACCCUUAGAACUGACAGUUCAGAAGCUGUUCUUUGUGGAUCUCAAGUUGCCCCUCUCCGUGGUCAGGAAUGAGCAGGUCCAGGUGCAAGCUGUGCUGUACAAUUUCAGAAACCAUUUCGUUCGGGUGCGAGUAGAUUUCCCCCACAAGGAAUCAUUGUGCAGCGCAUCCAGGCCGGGCUCCCCCUGGCGGCAGCGGGUGGCGGUGCCCCCCAUGUCCUCCAAGAUGAUCCCCUACGUGUUCAUCCCACUAGAGGCGGGCCAGGUGGAAGUGGAGGUGAAGGUGGGCGGAGAAGCCCGGGACCACGUGCGAAAGAUGCUCCUCGUUCGGGCAGGAGGACAGGUGAAGAAAAGAUCCCACAGCAUCCUGCUGAACCCCCAAGGACGGACCCAGAUUGAAAGGUUGCCCAGACAAGAAUUCCAGAACCAAGUCCCCAACACGGAAGCAGAAGUGUUCAUCAGUGUCCAAGGGGACGUGCUAGCAGAGACGGUGCUGGGCAGCCUGACCCCCACAGAGACCCGGAAACUGCUGACCGUCCCCCGGGGAUGCCCUGAGCAGACCCUGAGCCGCCUGGCGCCCCUCGUCCUGCUAACCCGUUACCUGGAUGCCACCGGCCAGUGGGGCAAAGUCGGGGUAGAGCACAGGGAACAAGCAGCCAAGAACAUCAUGAGCGGUGAGUGUCCUCCCAUACAAACAAACAAAAAAGGCCCACAAAAGGGGGAGCCAGCCGUGAGCACUGCCAGUUGCAGCCCCAAAUCCAACAAUCAAACUUAA